CACACACACACACACACACACACACACACACACACACACAGUUCCUCCCCUACAAGGGAGGGAGGUGAUGCAGCAUAGUUCUGUUAUGACAUUCCCUUUUCUCUUGCUUUCUUCAGAGCAAAGUGAUGGCUGCCAUAACCGAGGUUAGAAGCGGAGCAGCCGCUGGAAUCAGAACCACCAAAGGCUGGUUCUUCUUUUUCACUCUGCUGAUUCUGGUCUGUGUCACCAGCUCCCAGACACAGGUUAAGGAAAAUUUCAAGAAAAAUCAUCAGAUAAUGAAGGAGAGAUAUGAGAAAAUGAAUGACGUGGUAAUGCCAGCAAUCAUGGGCAUCUCAAACCUGUUUGUGGAGCACAUGCAACUGUUCAACCGAAUGGUCGCCCUGAUGAGUGAGUUCGGUGACGAUUUUCCGCUGGUGCAGGGCCGUCUGAUGGAGUCGAAGGCUGUUUUGAAGCAGAACAUGGAUUUUGUUAACAAAAAGAUGGAUGAGUUCAUUGUGGAGCUCAAACAGCAGGGAAUGACCGUAAACUUCACAGAGUGGAACGAGCCCCAGGUCUAUCAAAAGCUGAAGUAUGAAUUAUAAUUUGUCUAAAUGUCCAGUCUGGUAGAACAUUUCAGUUCCCUGCAUCCGAACGUACAGCUCGGUUUAAACAUUUGUAGUGUUUCCUUAAAAUAGUGGAAUUGUUUCACCUGUCAGGGGUCAAACUGAACUUUUUAUUAAAAUGUUGAUGCUUCUAUUAGAAAAUGUGGGCAAAUUAAAGUGUAACUUUUAUCAAGCUUUAUACUAGAAUUGCAGACUAUGUAUUUUUUACCGUGUUCUGACCCAAAAGUGUCAAAAUAAAGGCCAUUUCAACAUAA